GAGGGCUGCUCAGAGGAAGGGGAACUUCAGCAUGGUGGAGACUGACAGGUCUGGAAUUAACUCUCAGGAAACACUGAGGGAGAAGCCUGGCCUGGCUCUCCUUGUGAGUCACACCCUCUUCUUGUGACAGUGAGGAUGACCCGGCCCCUGGAGCAGGCAGUAGCUGCCAUUGUGUGCACCUUCCAGGAGUAUGCUGGGCGCUGCGGGGACAAGCACAAGAUCUGCCAGUCGGAGCUCAAGGAGCUGCUGCAGAAGGAGCUGCCCACUUGGACCCCGAGUGAGUUCCGGGAGUGUGACUACAAUAAGUUCAUGAGCCUUCUGGAUACCAACAAGGACUGUGAGGUGGACUUCAGCGAGUACGUGCGCUCGCUUGCCAGCCUCUGUCUGUACUGCCACGAGUACUUCAAAGACUGUCCCCCCGAGCCUCCCUGCCCCCAGUAGCCCCUGAUCCGGUGCUCCAUUGCUGUCCCUGAGAACACUUGCCAGGUCCCUGCUGUGCUAACCCUGGCUACUCAGGAGCUUUAGCAGCUUUCCUAGGGAUGUCAAGGUAGUGAGGGGUGGAGCAGUAGCCACCCUGUGCUUCCCUUCGUGGAAGGGACAACGUCCGUGCUCACACUUUGGAGGCUCAGUCAUGUGCGCACAAUUGGGACUGCUGUGGCAGGGGCCUGCUCAGCUCCUAAUAAAGAAAUG